CUUAAGAACCCAGAUAUCUAGAGUUAUGAGAAAUCAGCACUUGGACACAAGAAACUGGAGUUCUUGGCAUCCAGCUAUGUGGGGUCAAAGGGAGUCAGGGAACAGGCUGGGGUUCUAAGGAGACAGAUUUUAAGGAUCCUAGGAUGUCAAAAAUCUCAAGAACCAAGAUAUUGGGAGACACUGGAAUUAGGAGAACAUAGUUGGAGUUCUGAGCACCCCAAUAUCUGGGGUCACAAGGAUCCAAAGAAACAGAUCCAGAUACUAGGAGUCCUAAGGAGCCAGUGGGACAGAGAUCUGGGGUUUUGAGCACCUAGUUAUGUGUGCUUGCAAGUGAUCAGUGUCUGCUGGGGUCACAAGGUCAGGUGGCUUGGGGACUGAGGAUUCUAAGAAUUGGGGGCAGGACUGGGGAGUUCUGGGAAUCAAGGAUUUAGGACCAGAAAAAGGAUUCAGGGAGUCUCUGGGAAGAAGGUCCCAGGGCACCAAGGCCUGGUAUGGGACAUACAAAAACCAGGAAACCUGAGAGUUCAAUAAUGGGAGCCUCCAAGGAUCAGGAGAUGACAGAGAACGCCAAACACCAUUUUCCCCAUCCUGUCUCCAUCCCUGAUCUCCAGGAAGAAGCAUCCCCUCUCACAGCUGUGCUGACCUCAGCAUCCCAGAGUGACCUCCAGAGCUGCAGAGACCCCAUGCCUAGUACCUCCAGACCUUUGCCCAGUUCCUGCACCUUCCACCCCCUCAGAGCACAGCUUUGAGCUGUGCAUCCCGAGGCCUGUCACUGCCUCCUUUCCCAUUCCUUGAGUGAGAACCUGGGCCUCAGUUUUCCCCAUUUGUGUGAUGGGUGGAUGUGGAUUUGCCUGCUACCACAGUCCCUUCCAACAGUUUGAUCUGAACAGGCUCCCAGCACCACUCCCCACUAAGCAAACUCUGUUCACAUCUACCCCACACCCUACACCUAGUGCUUCAUCCAUCCUUACAUCCCUCAGCCACAAAUUCACUCAGCAAACAGACCCUGGGGUCCCCCUGCUGGGUGAUGAUAGGGGUUCAGUCCUUAAGGGACUCUUUGCCUAGGAGGAGCUGGGAGUCAGACACAAGUGAAAAUAAGUGAUAUUGAGAGUGACCAGGGCCGAGGGGGAAGCUGCGGGAGCCCAGGGGAGGGAUGUGGGAGAGGAGUUUGUCAUGGGUGUUGAGGACUCAGUGUGAGAUGCAAAGGGGACCUGGGAAAAGCGCAGGUGCCUGGCAGGAACAAAGGCCUGGAGGUGGCAGGUGGGUUUGAAGAUCUAUGGGCCUGGCCUCAGACAUGUCCUUUCUCUGCCCAGGACCUUUACUGUCCCUGUACCCGACUCCGACCAUGGGCACCCCUUUCCCUCUGCUGAACCUGCCUACACCCCUGUACCCCAUGAUGUGCUCCAUGGAACACCCCCUGUCGGCUGACAUCGCCAUGGCCACCCGUGCGGAUGAGGACGGAGACACGCCACUCCACAUUGCCGUAGUGCAGGGCAAUUUGCCAGCUGUGCAUCGGCUAGUCAACCUCUUCCAGCAUGGCGGCCGGGACCUGGAUAUCUAUAACAACCUACGGCAGACACCGCUACACCUGGCUGUGAUCACCACCCUGCCGUCUGUGGUCCGGCUCCUGGUGAUGGCCGGUGCCAGUCCCAUGGCACUGGACCGCCAUGGCCAGACGGCAGCCCACCUGGCGUGCGAGCACCGCAGCCCGGCCUGCCUGCGGGCCCUGCUGCCCCGCACCGCGGAGCUGCUGCGCGAGGUGGCGCAGGCACAGCGGGCGGCCGGCGGGGGCGGCCCCGAGGGCCCCGGUGGUGCGGUGGACUUUCUCGCGGUCUAUCUUGCUAACCUGGAGGCCAAGAGCCGGCAGGUGGUGGCACUGCUGCCACCCCGGGGCCGAAAGACCGCCGCCGACGAGCUCUUCCGGGAGGGCUCCAGACUCAGGCGACAGCUGGCCAAGCUGGCCCUCAUCUUCAGCCACAUGCAUGAGGAGCUGAGCGCGCUCUUCCCCGGAGGAAAGUACUGCGGAAACACGUACCAGCUCACCAAGAUCCCAGCCCACACUUUCUGGAGGAAGCACUGCGGAGCCCGGUGUGUGCUGCCCUGGGCUGAGUUUGAGGCACUCCUGUGUAUCUGCCACCCCGUGGAGCCAGGCUCCACCGCCCUGGCCUUGCGCUCCACCAUUGACCUCACCUGCAGUGGCCACGUGUCCAUCUUCGAGUUUGACGUCUUCACCAGACUCUUUCAGCCAUGGCCAACACUCCUCAAGAAUUGGCAGCUGCUGGCAGUCAACCACCCGGGCUACAUGGCCUUCCUCACAUAUGACGAAGUCCGAGCACGUCUACAGGCCUGCAGAGACAAGCCAGGCAGCUAUAUCUUCCGGCCUAGUUGCACUCGCCUGGGACAGUGGGCCAUCGGAUAUGUGAGCUCAGAUGGCAGUAUCCUGCAGACCAUCCCUCUCAACAAACCCCUGUUCCAGGCACUCCUGGAAGGACAAAAGGAAGGCUUCUACCUCUACCCAGAUGGGAAGAACCACAACCCGGACCUGACUGAACUCUACCGGAUGGAAACCUAUCAGCGCAUCCACGUGUCAGAGGAGCAGCUGCAGCUGUACUGGGCCAUGGACUCCACGUUUGAGCUCUGCAAGAUCUGCACCGAGAGCAACAAGGACGUGAAGAUUGAGCCGUGCGGGCACCUGCUCUGUGGCCGCUGUCUGGCUGCCUGGCAGCAAUCAGACAGCCAGACCUGCCCCUUCUGCCGCUGCGAGAUUAAGGGCCAAGAGGCUGUGAGUAUCCAUCAAUCCCAAGGGAGGCCAGAGGACACCAGUGCCACUGCUGAGGACUCAGGGGACAGCAGUGAUGGGGAAGAUGGGGAGGAGGAGCUGGAGCAGGGGGCCACCUCAGCUCCUCCUCUGCCCCCUCGGCUGGAUCUGUUCCCCAGGAAUCCCAGCAGCAAAUGCCAGCUGAAGGUGAGGGGUCCACUGAAGCUACGGGAUGUGAAGGUCUCCCAGCUCAAAAGCGACUCUGGCCCUCCCCAGACUUCGGGCCCCUCUUACCUUGCCAAGAAUUUGGACUGUGGCCUCAGCCCCAUGGGAAGUCACCUCCAGCCCCCAGGCCAGGGAGGGAGCUAGAGAGGCACCAAGAUGUGCUGCUCAAGGGAGCCCCAGGGGCUGAAGGGGUUCCUCAAGCGGAAAUAAACUGCCAAGCCUGGUCUGUCCUCUGGUGUGUGGAGAUGAAGUGUAGCAGCCACCAAGGGGCAGCCUGGUGUCGGGAAGAGGCGGUCCCUGAGGCCUGAUCCCCACCUGAUCAAGCCGUGUCCCUCUUCAGAGAGCCAAGAGUGAGGGACUCUGCUCCUCUGGAUCCAGGAGUCUAGGCCCCAAGAUCCCUCCUCCCUCAGACCCAGGAGUCCCACCCUCAGGACUUAGGCAUCCAGAGUCUCAAUUCUCAGAGAAUCGGGCAUCCAACUCCCUUCCCCCAUCAUGGAAAAAAAAAAAUUCCCUGGACCCAAACCCAGAUAUCCGAGUUCUGAGUCCCCACAUUUCCUUGAGAGUUAUCAUCUGGUCUUGCCAGAGUCUGUUCUCAUCCCUCUCUUUGCUCCAUUCCUCGGUGGGAUCCUUCUCCCAGAGUAGAGCUGACAAGUAGAACUUGUCCAAGACAAGCUGAGGAAGUAUCUCCCCACCUCAUCACCAAUCCCGGAGGGACCCGAGCCUCCCUCCACUUGAGUGUAAACCAGUUGGCACCUCUGAGCCCCUACCCCGUGCCCAGCCCCAGGCUGGACAAUGCUGAGCACAUGGCAGGGACCACUGCCCUCCUGGGGCUCACAGUCCUGUCCCCAAACGAUGACACAGAGUGGGCAGAGCCGGGAUGGGGGCAGCAGCCCAGGGAGCUGCAGGAGCCUGGGGCCGAUAGCUGACCCAGCCUCUGAGAUCUGGGAGGGCUUCCAGGAGGAGGGGAUGUACAAGCUGCAUCUGAAAAGAUAAAGAAAAGGUAUUUCAGUGUAAACAGAGCAUGGAAGCCUGCGUCACAAAUUUAGUUUCAAGCAACAGAAGCCUCCUCUGGGGUAGGAAAGGAAUUGAUUGAGAGGACUUAGGAUCACUCACAGAUUCCCAGGAGUGAUUAGAGAACCAGGAUUGGAAAGUCAUCAAGAACACUGGCAGCUGGCCUCCAACCAUAGCCCAGCCACGAUCACACCACCAAACUGGUCUAAUAAGGUUACGCUGGUGCCUCAGUGACCACUGGACACCAGUCAUCUCACUGCCUCUGCUGCCCCAGAAACAAGCUGUGUCUUCUAACUGCUCAGUGAACAAAGCACACCGAAACUUAAUGGUGAAUGACAACAAUCGUGUUAUGAUCUCUCGUGGUUGCUGUGGGCCAGGAUUUGGGGAGGGGAUCAUUUGGGUGGUUGUGGCUCAGGGUGCAGUUGAGUGAUGCUUGGAGCAGGGCAGCUGGGGGCUGGGCAGGCAUCCCCCAUGUGGUCCCCACAUUGGCUAGUCUGGGCUUCCCCACAGCAUGGCUGUCCCAAACAAGUCAGACUGCUUGUAUGAAGGCUGAAGGCUUCCUGGAGACUGCUACAGUGACCCAGGGAGAAGCGACAUGGCUUUUUCAACUUAAUCUUGGGAGUCAUGGAUUGUCACUUCUGCCUCAUUCUAAUGGUGACCUGCGAGUCACAAAACUGCACGGAUUUAAGAGGAGGGGACACAGAUCCCACCUCUCAGUGGAAAGAGUGUCAAGAUCAGGUUGUCCUAGAGCACGCGGGAUGAGAGCUAUGGUUACAGCCAUCUUUAGAAAGUAGAAUCCAUUCCCGCUGCCAGAGCAGCAAGAGAUUUGCCCUUCCCUGUUUAUUUGGCAUCGUGAGCACCUGAUUCCAAGCGAAGCAGGAUUCGCCAGACUUAGGUCACCUGAGCUGCAAUGGAGGCAGGAAAGCAAACAUCUGUCCUUCUUGGUUUCAACAGAGGACCAUGGGCUUUCAGAGAGCACAGAUUUUUUUAAAUGUGGGAAGUGGGUACAGAUGCUAGCCAACUCUCCCCCCCAAAAAGUCUCACACAGUAAGUAAGAUAACAGGAUGGAGGCAGAGAAAAGAUAGAACGUGUUAAUGAAAAUGUAUCUGUAUCUCCAUCUGAGGCGGCAAAGAUGGAACUGGAAAAUUCCUUGAUUCUACAAACACUUGCCUAGCUCCUCAUGCCUAGCGCUGUUCUAGGCACUGGAGAUACAGUGGUGACCCAAACAAAGUUCCUGUUCUCUCAGAGCUUCUGUUCUGUGCCAGAAAAUAAAAAAU